CAUCGUGCAGACGAGGUCGUGUUCUAGAAGGAAGCUGUCGUCGUGUGUGGAUGUGAGAAACUCGUGGAUUUGCUCCCAUCGGAGUCUCUGUGGAAUUCAUUGCGUCCGGAUCCAGAGCAGCUGCAGGCGGAGGAUGCGACUGCGGCUGGAUGCUUGGAUCCAUGUGGGCCUGUGACGUCUGCACCCCCCCCCCCUCCUCCGUGGCUGUCUUCCCCCCUCUGUAAGAAUGGCUCCAGCAGCACUGACCCAGAUUGUGGAGUCGUGGCUCUCGGUUGCUCUGUGAACGUGAAUAUGCUCUUCUCCUGCCUCUGCUCACAUCUGUCUCCGUGGAUACGCACAGCCACUGGCACGCUACGCUGCAGAGACUAAUCCAUAAUAAUAAUCCCCAGCUGGAGAGCAAACAACAUCUGGGCGCGGAGAGAAGGGAGCGGGACAAGUCUCAGCAGGGUGGGCAGCAGAUGGUGACACUGCAGCAGCACUUCUCCAGCAUGGAGGAGACGGUGCGAACACUUCUACAGAACCAGGACUCACUGGAGGGCCCCAAGGUGGACCCACUGGACCUUAUGAAAGCAUACAAGGACAAACUCCUGGAGGAAAUGUGGAAGCAGCAGGACAGUUUAGAGGGUCCUCCAGCCACAGCAGCAGAAAUGCCCACCUCGCCGGAGGCCAGCGGUGGAUCUGAGGAAAAUUCAAAGGACAGCAAUCCCCUGCUAGAGCGACUCAGAGCCCUGGAGGCUGAGAACUCUGCUCUGUCGAUGGAAAAUGACAAUCAGAGGAAGCAGUAUGAACGCUGUCUGGAUGAGGUGGCUAACCAGGUGGUCCAGGCCCUCCUCACACAGAAGGACUUGAAAGAAGAAUGUGUGAAGCUGCGGACCCGAGUGUUUGACUUGGAGCAGCAAAACCGCAUACUGAGUGUGCUGUUUCAACAACGUGUCAAAAUGUCCACGGUUCCCGUCUCCCAGGAUGUCCAGAAAAAUGGAAAAGCAGGUAUUCCUGCAGGAAGAUGGCCUAGCCUGCUGAGCCUAACAUGCCCACGCAGCAGUGGCAGCGGUAGUGGCAGUGAACUGUCAUUAUCCAGUGCUUGUAGUGAGUACUCCAGUGGCUCCCACACCUGGGCAGAAGGACGUGGCUUCUCGAAGCAGUGUGCAACAAGCCGGGACAAAAGGAUGAGUACAGGUUCAGUAUCAAGUAAUCAUUCAGCACCUUUGGAGCCGACAGAGCUUGGAUGGAAGGAAGGCCACAUUCUAAAAGGCCUAAAGCGUCUCCAAAUGUCCAGCUCCAAAGAGGCAUCUUCAAAUGCAUCUGUACCACACUGCAAAGACUGUAUGACCUCCAAUGAAGGCAUAUACUCACUUGGUGUAAAGUGUGGCCAACAAGGGUCUACAGCUAAACAAGUAGCUCCUUCAAGUAAAUCUUUCCAUGCUGAAGAAAGGAUUGCUGUUCCUGACUCGGAUGAUGCAGAUGAUGAUUCAUCUAAAUUGCAAAGUAGGGACUCCAGUGACCAACCAACACAGGAGCUUCUGUGCUUAGAGAAACUGGAUGUCACAAGAGAUGAUGAUGGCAAUUUGCUCGAAGACUCAGCAAAACUUAAUGGAAAUUCUGGUGUUUUUCCCUCACCUGUGCCAGACAACUUCUCAUUUUUGGGGGGGCCCACAAUAAAACCUGGUUUAAGCCCAACAGAUAGCCUAAGAGAUGACAAGAAUAAAGGUUCACUAGAUAAACACAAAGCAUCAGGCGUGAAAUCCAGUGACAGAAACAAUAACCAAGAAAAGUCUACUGACCGUAAAUCCAGACUUGAUCAUGUCAAAAGACAACAGGGCAGACCUGCAAUGAAGCAAAUGGAAGGAGGAACAAGUGAUGUGAGCUCAUCUAUACCACAUACUGCAACCAGAGCUCUUAGCUGUGUGAAUGACAGACAGCGCAGCUCCUCGAUGGAGGUAGCUUAUUGCAGAGACAAGGGAAGUCAAGUAGGCAGUGAGAGCUCGGAUAACUCGAUAUCAGAAUCUCCGCAAAGGAAACUGAAACUUCCACCAUGGGAUUCAGCGAGAAAGGCUUUUAUUUUGAGGAGCAAGAGUGCAGAUGGAGGACCAGAGCAAGCAAAGCACACACAUUCACCUCUCCACCAAAAACUUAUAAAGGGUCACAGGUCCAAAGCACAGCCAAAUCCUGGUGGGCAAAGUGCUCCUAGUAAAAGAACAAAUCUCAGUAAAACACAUGGUUCAAGCAAAGGUGCACUAUCUAAAGUUGAGAACAAUGAGGAUAUUAUCCUAUCAACAAGUUCCAAGUCUCUUGAAAGUGUACAGCAGUGCUCUCCUCUUGCUUCCCCUGUGAAAUAUUCAAAGACAUUUAAGCCUCCAGGGAUCAGUGAAUGCUCUGAGAACCCAACUAAAUUUUCUUUGCAAGCCACAAGAACUCAAUCAAGCAACAACUGUAUGGAAGAGAACAUAUAUGAUAACUUACCCUGCUCCCCACGAAAACAACGACGCCAAGACCAGCACUGUGAUGUUUCCCAUUCAGAACAUAGAUCCACAACCCCUCCUUUACCCCCAGGUCGAACAACUUCUCUUCUCCUUAGACCCACUUGUGACUCCUUACCCGAAGCUCAUAAAUCUGUAGGUCAGUGCUCUACUACUGGGAAGACGACAUCAAGCAACACCAAGCCAAAAUCAUAUCAGCUUUGUUCUGCUUUACAGCCUCAACAAUCCAGUACAACAAAAGACAAUCAACAAACAGCACCACAAAUUGGUGCUGAAGGUAUCCCUGCUAAGCUCUACCAUACCCAUUCAUCCAAGAUAACAUCUGUCCCAGUUGAAGAAUCUCAAACCUCAGAGUCAAGACAGUUUUCAAUGGAUAGAGCUACCCCACGCCAUGAUGAAAGCAGUACACCCUCAAUCAUGCCAAAUCAGAGCAUCUUACAAAGAUCCCAACAGAGCAUUAGUGAGCCAAAACUUUCAGAAGUCUUGCCUCAGAUGACACAUGACUGCGGUGCCCAUGACAGAGCCCGCAGAAAGAUUGAGACUCGCUGUAACUCACUGGACUCUGAGCCCUGCGUUCAACCUGUUACAUCAGACAGUGGUGUGAUGUUAGACUGGGGUUUUGAUGAAGAAGGUUGGCUCUUUAAACGGUCUGUGUCUGUGUCAACCAGACCUCUCCUUAAGCCAGUAAUGGGCAUGAAUGGGGCCAAGGCCCGUAGCCAGAGUUUUGGUGCACGCUACAUGGAUAGGCCAAGCUUCAACAGAUCCGGAAAGGUCCGGACACAGAUCAAAACCCACUCAGGGAGCUCCUUAAACUCUCUUGGUGAUGUCCUUCCAGGAAGUAUGAGUUGCUCUAGCAGCUAUCAUUGUCCAAUGAAUCGAUCCCUUUUGAAUAAUUUCUUGAUUGAAGAGGGUUUGGCGGUUCCCUCAUAUUUGGGGUCCUCCAGUGAAAGACUGCAAAGCCUUAAACUCCAGCGAGAGCAGGCAAGGCGCAUUCAGAUUGAGCAACAGUUUUCGAGUGCUUUUGGUGAGCCAGUCUCUGAAGAACCAGAAAGACAAAGUACAAUAACCACAAUCGAAGAGAAAGUGAUGCUCGGCAUAGAGGAGAACUUGCACAAGUCUCAAGAACAGGAGAGAGGCAUUGAAGUGAAGCAAAAAUCUGGUUCAACUCUGGCAAAUUGGUUUGGUUUUCGUAAAAGUAAGCUUCCUGCACCAAGCGGCAAAAAGACGGAUCCACCAAAAGUAAAAGAAGACAAGAGGGAGCAAAAGAUUACAUCACUUCUUGGAGGAAAGCAGGCAAAGUCUGACAAAAAGAGAGACAGAAGAAAAAGUGAUGGGAAAGACUGCUCCGUGGGGAGAAGAGAGUCUCACGAUGCAGUGAGAGCAUGCAUAUCAAUGCCCUGCCCAGGAAUGUCCCUGAAUGAGAUACAAGGACAUGCAGACAUCACCGGGGACCCAAAGAUGCAGAUUAUGAGCCGGAGAGCUGACAGUGAAAAUGGAUCUACUGUGAAGAGCCCCAACCAGGAUGCAGUAAUAGGCUCCGGCUGCAAGAUGCGAACGUUGGACAGUGGGAUUGGAACCAUCCCUCUUCCUGAAUCCUGUUCCUUCUUCUCCUCCAUCCUGCACCUUCUCCCCAAAUCCUCAUCAACCCCAGAACAGUCCCUCAGUCCUCCUAGUGCCCCCAGUUCCUCCAGCGAGGAUGUUUCUCCCUCCCCAUUACCCCGGUGGAGAAUACCCUCCAGCUUUAAGGUCAGCAGCCAUGCAGGGGUGACAAACUCCCUGUCUGACUCCUCCAUGACCCAUAUCCAGUCAGUGCCUUUCCCCACUGUGGCCUUCCUCCAGCCCAUCCAACCCCAGUCUGAACCUAUUGUGACCUGUGCCAGUGUGUGUGAUCCCCAGAGCAGGCUCCCCAGACCACCGCAAGGUGGAAUGGAACCAAAGAAGUUAACCUAUAUCAAAUCGAACACACGAGCCACCCAGAGCCAACAGAAAGAGCAGACGAGACUUCAGCUUGCCAACUGUAAGACAAAGGAAGAGAUGUAAAGAGUUACAGCUGAGAAACCUAUUGAGCACAAAAUCAUGUCAUCAUCUGUGCCCACCAAUCAUCAUCAACAACAGUGUGUUUUUCCACUGUUCAUAUUUUCA